UUAAUCCAUCUCGUUAAUAAUAAUAACAAUCUUGUUGUCAUAACCAUAGUCCAAAUAAACGUAUCGAUUAACCCAUCUCAGGAUCCCUCCAAACCCUUCUGACUCUCUGAAUUUGCUUCCUGCUUGCCUGGAGCGAUUUUAAACACUGACGCCACCUUCUCUGCAGUUCUCAAGCGUCCUUCCUAAGUUUUUGUUUUCCAGUUUUACAAAAGAAAGGUUUGCUCUUUUGGACGAGAAUUACCCAGUGGUGUUAUCAGGCAUCAUAAAAUUCUGUGGCCGUUGGAGUUAUUGAUUAACGUUGAUCCCUCUCUUUUAAAAAAACAAACUACACACACGACGUCACUGCCUUUCCUAGCGCAGGCGGGAUAUUCGGAGAGCAAACAAAGCCUUCGUUCUGUGUUGACGGGACAAAGCGCCUUUAUAAGAGGAGCUGUCAAAUCCACAAACACAAUUUGCAAGGGCUGCUCUGUCGCCAUUGAGGCAACAGCUGUUUUCUCCCAUGGAAGGCUCAAGGGAUAGUUUAGACAUUGAGAAUGAAGCUGUCUGUCCGGAUGGCGAGAUGGACCAGCUAGUGACAGCAAAAGGGAAUCCUGCAGAAAUGAACCAGCCAGAGUCUUGCAAAGGGCCAACACUCCAUAUGGACAGUUGUCCAGGAUAUGCCACAGACUCUGUAGAAGAGGAUGGGUCUUGUGGUUCACCUGCCGUGGAAGAUCCCAGUCCCAAUGCUGCCCAAAUAGAAGCUCCAGGAACGGUCCAUUCAGCAUCUCCAAAGCCAGCCCCUUUGAUUGCCGCGGAGCCUUGUAACACCCCGGCCACCGAUCUGCACCAGCCGCGUCCGUCCAAAGUCUCGAUUGCCGACAUGGAUUGUCUCAUCUGCUGCAACAGGUACAGCGCUUGCCGGCUGCCGAAAGUCCUGGCCUGCCAGCAUGCCUUCUGCGCCGUCUGCCUGAAGCUCAUCUUGCGGAAUGAAGACCACACCUGGAUCAUCAGCUGCCCGCUCUGCCGAAAAGCCACCGUUGUCUUUGGCGGCCUCAUCUGCAGCCUUCGCGACAAAGAGGAUGUGGUGGGCCGUCUGGAAGGCCCCGAGCUGGACGCUGCGGUGCCCUGCCCGCCGGACUCUCCUGGCGCGAGCGACGCUAACUGCCGGCCUGUCUCCGGAAACCUCGCCGGCGUAGGGACCAACCGGGCAGCUGCCAAGAGGCUGGUGCUCCUCUUCCUCCUGGCUGCAAUUCUCAUUGCCCUUGUCCUCCCUUUUAUGUACACAGGAUUGCUGAAGUGGGCCCUUUGUUUUGUCGUUGUUCUGGGGCUCAUCAUGUCGGUGGUGCUUUGUUGCAACCCCAGCUGGAGAUGUUCCGAUCUUUCGCUGCCUUCCUGGAGGAAGAAGGAGAGCCAGGUUGUGUCAGUUGCCUGAAAAGACUGUAUAGUUUUCUCGUACGAUGGUGGGCCAGGAAUCUAUGGGCUCUACGAAAUGGUAGCUGCUGGAAGCAUCCUCUCUGUCUCUCUGGGACCCUGAGCAGGACAUCUGUCAUCAGCUACUGGAAGAAGGACUCGCAGAGGCGUCUCUGCUUCAGGUCAAUGUACAGAUCAGUCAGACGGGCCUUGUGGCUGGACAAGAGACCAAGGGCAAGAAGGGAAACGGGUAACGCAUUUGCUAAAAUGCUCUCUGGUAUUUGUGUCCUUUGAUGCACAGUCCCUCAUGCAGCACGGCAGGAAUGUACACACAUAUGCACACACACUGUUCUCUGUUGAUUUUGGUUUGAUUUCGUGUUGUCCAGACCAAAAACACACAAAGGGCUUCAUUUAAAGAUGUGUUGCCCCCAAAUGUUCAUGACUCUGUUUCAGAUCCACAAAAUAAAGGCUUGAAAAAGGAGGACCAAGGAGGGUAAGACUGUUAAAUGGCUGUUAAUCAUGUUGGCUAAAUGGAACCUCCAUGCUCAGAUCCUGGCUAUCUUUGCUUACUGUUGGGAAGGCAAGCAAGGGGGAGGUUGUUGCCGUCAUGUGCGGCUUUGUGAGGCUUCCUCAGAGGCAUCUGGCUGGCCAUGAUGAGAACAAAAUGCUGGGCUAGGUACGCCUAGAGCAGGGUUGGAGAACUGCCUCCCCCAAAUGUUGCUGGAGUACAAGUCCCACCGUCCCUGACCAUUGGUCAUGCUGGCCGAGGCUAAUGAGAGUUGAAGGUCAGCCACCUGUGGCCUAAAUAGAUCAAACCAGGGCUUUUCUUGCAUCCUUAUGAACCACUUAAUAUGAGUUGCUCAUUAAUUCCCCCGCUUGUAGUCUUGGCCAGGCUGUCUUUAUCUUGUCCAACAUACACUUCACAGACAAAAUGGAGAUUAUAAUACCUUUUUCUGUGUGCUUGACUACACCAAGUAGGGGAACGUGUCUCCCCUCCAGACGUUCUGGGACUCUACUUCCAGCAACCAGUAUGACCAAUGGUUAGGGAUUAAGAGGGGAGCUGGAGUUCCCAUGAGAUCUGAAGGGCCACGGGUGCCCCAUCCACGGAUGACAGGGACCAGGUCUCCCAGUAUCAUUCAACGUAAAGUGGGCUUGUUCUUGUGCAAAGAUUUUGAGGAACAAAGAAUCAUGUUCUCAUAACUCAGCACAAACGCCACUCAGGCUUCCUUGCGAAUGACGGCACUUGAAACACUCAGUAUUGUCAAAAUGUAUUGUGUCCAACAAACAUUGUUGUUUUUAAGUGUAUAUAUUUAAUAGGUUUUGAUCUGUAUAAAGGUAAUUUUUU